CGGAACAUCCUCUUUAGUGACGUUGGCAUCCGGGUUGCUUCAAAGCUCCACCAGUCCGGGUUGGACUACACUGCCCUUGGGCUUCGUGUUGAAGCGAACCAACUAUCUCCAAGUAGGGACUGCUGGGAAACAGUUGUGGCAACGUGCGCAGUGAUGGCAAGAAGCCCGGGAUACUGUAAGACCUUUGGUUGUAUGUAAGCACAAGCGUCGCACAUACUCCGUAGCCUCCCCCGCCGAACUCCUGGAAUGGUCCGCGCCAGGAGCGCGCGAGGCUUGAAACGCUGGGCGAGGCGCGCGACCGUCAGGCCACCUUCUGUCAGCCCUGUGCCAUGGAUGCCGAGCAGGCCGAGGUCCGCGCCUUGCAAUCGGAAGGCCCGGACCUGAGGCCGACGCCGGGAGAAGAUACCGCCCAAGUCCAAAAAUCAUUUCAAGAAAUAUACCAAUCAGAUUCUGAAGGAUGGGAAUCUUUAAAAGAUCUGAGAAGUAAUCUUGGACAUUUAGAAUCAGAACUUCUAUUUCUAAGUACGCUUACUGGUAUCAAUAUAAGAAAUUACUCCAAGAAGACAGAGAACCUAAUGAGCACUGAAGUGGCGGAAAAGAAUAUAAAGAAAGUUCUACAGAGUCACAGAUUAUCAGGAAAUUGCCACAUGAUUACAUUUCAACUUGAAUUUCAGAUUCUGGAAAUCCAGAAUAAGGAGAAUUUAUCUUCUGUUAUUACUGACCUCAACAUAAUAAUGGAGCCCACCUCAUAUUCAGAAUUAAGUGAAUUUGUGUCCAGAGCAGAAGAAAGAAGAGAUCUGUUUAUGUUUUUCCGAAGCCUACACUUUUUUGUGGAGUGGUGUGAAUAUCGUAAGCGCACAUUUAAACAUUUCAAGGAAAAGUACCCAGCAGCUGUGCACCUCUCUGAGGGAGCCUCCUCCAGCUACAUGAAGGUCCAGAGCACCAGCAAGCCAGGGUUUCAAAGGCACUCAGUGAUGGAUCAUACCUCUUUCAGAUUUGAAUUAGUAAUCGUUUGGAGGAUACAAAUAGAUGAAGAUGGGAAGAUUUUGCCAAAGCUGGAUCUUCUCACCAACGUGCCACAGCAAGCCCUGAAGUUGGACAAGAAGGGAGUCAUAGAAACUGCUCCUCUCAGCUUCCGAAGCCUGCUAGGAGUGCUGGGCAUUGAAGCAGCUCUAGAAAGCCUAAUAAAGUCGCUUUGCACAGAGAAAAAUGACUAGUUCCCGAACAGUGAACACAUAGGAGUCAGAUGCUGCACCAGAAGGCAUGUGAUUUUAUUGAAUAUAAACAUGUUAUUUUCCACUGGGAAACUAUACCUUUAGAACAUGUUGUCUAAGCAGUUGUGGCACAUUACAUAUAAACUGUCAGGACACAAAAAAUAAAUACAGCUAUUUAAAUGCAAAA